AUGAGUGAGGAAGAAUUCUACCGGAUCGAGGACCCUGAACAAGAUUUGUAUUUAACUCGGCAGGGCAAGAGCAUCAUAGUUAAAAGACGAUCAGAUGAUCAACAGAUUUCAUCGACAUAUAUUAGAGACUGGACUCAAUUGGUUGGGUGUCAUUGGGACACUAUCCUGGGGCGAUAUCUUUCGAUAAUGUUCAAUGAUGGAUCAAUUCGACUCAUUGAUACUAAUGACAAUGGCAAAUUAAUUUCGUUUAUGAGGACGGGAUUGACAAACUCAGAUAGUUCAUAUUGGAGUAGAUUGCUUGUAAACACCAGCAAUAAAGGUAUUAAAAUUAUGAAUAUAUCAGAAAGUUUCCCAAACUUAACAAAAUUUUCUAUGGAGAACGAAACUAUUAAAUUCGAACCCUUUGAUUUAGUGAGUAAGAAAUGGAGGAAAAUAGAUAAUGAUCCAAUCAAUGAAAAAAAAGGAAAUAAACGACAAGUUCUGGAUUUUCAUAUUAUGCAUAGUGGAUUAAAUGAUGAAGUAUCUUUCAUACUUAAUGGUAGUCUAUCAUUGAAGACCAUGAAUAAUGGCCAAGGGCAAAAAGUUUGUAAAAUAAUAAAUGAAGAUUCUGGAAUUUAUCAAUUCUGGUACAGUGAAGGUCAUAGACAUGAAAUCGAUUUAUCUUUGAUACUAGGUAAUAAUAACAAUAUGUCUCUUCUACAUGAUAUUAUAGAGUUUCAAGAAUUGAUUCAAUAUUUAAAAACCAACAUAACGUUCUUACAUGAUAAAAUAAUUAAACCUUACACAGAUUUCUUAGAGAAGAUUACAAACGUAUCUUACGAUAGAUUAGAACUAUAUGACGAUUUAAAUCAGUUGAUAUUUACUGGUGAGGUCGAAGAGACUUUAGCAGAUUGGUUAAAGUAUACCAUUGGAGAAAGAAAUAUACAGACGUGGAGAGAUAAAUCUUCAAAAAUGUAUGAAAAUGGUUCUGAAGUAUUACAAUUGGGCAUUAUUAAUGCAUUUGAAAGAGUAUUUAUAUCGUUAGAGAGGAUAUCCGGUUCUUUGUCUCUAUUGUUCAAUAAUAAUAAUAAUAAUAAUAAUACUAUAUCAGAUGAUGAAGAUGGAACACAAUUUGAGUCACAACUCGCAAAAUUAUAUGAGUUAUUUAAAAUUAUGUUUAAGACUACACAUGAAAUAAUAUCUACAAAUAAUAGAUCAAGAAGAAUAAUUAAACAUUUUUUAGAUUGGUUAGAAGAUAAAGUCCGAGAAGUCAAUAAAACUGACAAUGAUGCUAACAAUAAUGAACAUAAAAACAAAAACUUAGAUUAUUUUGAUGAGGCUACCACUGUACCACAUAUUAAAGAAGGAUUAAAACUUGUAUGUUUUUCGUCUAAUGAUAACGACAAUUUUUUCUUUAUCUCGAAGGAAUUCAAUGGAAUAUUAAAUGAAAUUACUCAAAUUGUUACUACUGAAAUAAUAAACAUAUCUAUUAUCCCUAAAUUCGAAUCAUUUUUAAUUCAAAAGGAUUACCAUACUAUAUUCCCACAUGAGGAUAAUCUAACAUCAUUUGAACUAUUAGAUAUUGCAACAAUGAAUAUAGCUUCCACCUCACCCAUUGUUAUAGGAUCAUCAAAGGACGUUAGUAUAAUGGUCUAUAAAAGAACCGCACAACAACAAGGAGAAGUUGAUCAUAUAUUCAUUGGCACAUUAUAUGGAUCACAAAUUAAUUUAUCAACGUUUCCGCUCUGGGAAGUUCAAGCAGCCCACCUCACACCAACACAAUUAUACAGUCAACGUAUUAAGAAGUCAAGUAACAGAUUCAAUUUAAUAUUACAAGUACGUACCGCAAGCGGUGUCAUUGAAUAUUUACCAUAUAUCUUUGAAAUAAGACAGCAUAGUAGAGGUAAUAAUAAUAUUGUUAUUGGAAUUCGUCAUCAGAAUGAAAAUAACGAUAAUGAUCAUCCUGGAUACACAUCAGAUUGGUUUGCUCAAAACUUCUCGAUAGAGCAAAUAUAUCCCGAGCUAACAACAGAACAACAGAACAACAUCAACGCAACUCACUAA